GAUCUAGUUGCACCAGACACGCACCAACUCACGGCUUCAGCUUUCUUGUUUUUCUCGCCUCACUUUCAUAUGGCGUCACUUCUUCGGCGGUUGGCUUGGCCUGGCCGGGUAUGGAAGCCUCUUAUCUUCUCCAACCCUAAUUUCACGCGAAUUGCCUUGGGUGAGAAGAUAGAGGAGGAGCAGUUCCCCGACUACGUCGUAUCGCGUUACUACCCGGUCUGCAUUGGCGAAGUCCUCAGGGAUCGUUACCAGAUUGUCGGCAAGCUGGGCUUUGGAUCUAGCUCGACAGUUUGGUUGGCGCGCGACCUAGAGGGUCGUCGGCAUGUGGCAGUGAAGCUUUUCGUGCACUCGAAGUCUAUGGGCGAGCAGCUGGAUCGCGAACUCACAAUGUACAAGCGGAUUUCCGCAUUUUCGGCAAAGCAUCCCGGUCGCGGUGCCGUCAGGGAACUCCUGGACUCUUUCGAUGUUACCGGACCAGACGGAUCCCACCGGUGCCUAGUGCACCCUCCACUGUGGGAGAGCGUCCUAACUUUUCUUCACCGUAACCCAGUGAGGAGACUACCCGUGCCAGUCCUCGCCUUCACCCUCCGCCGUCUCUUCCUUGCUUUGGAUUUUCUGCAUACAGAAUGCCAGAUCAUCCACACAGAUAUUAAAGCCGAUAAUAUCAUGUUUGGCAUCGAGGACGAUUCGGUUUUCAGCGCAUUCGAGGAGCAAGAGCUGCGCGACCCGUCCCCGCGAAAGUCGGUGGAUGGAAGAGUCAUUUAUGUGUCGCGCGAGCUCCAAAUGCCAAAGCAUUGGGGCGCACCGGUCCUCUGUGAUUUCGGCUCUGCCGUUUCUGGGGACACGGAGCAUCUGGAGGAUAUACAGCCCGAUAUAUACAGAGCACCUGAGGUCAUCCUAGAAGCACCGUGGUCGUAUCAGGUUGAUAUAUGGAACACGGGCUGCAUGAUCUGGGACCUCUUUGAGGGCGGUCACCUGUUUACGGGAUACGACCCGGAGUCUCAGACGUACCGCAGCCGGGCGCACCUUGCCGAGAUAGUUGCAUUGCUUGGACAACCUCCGCAGGCGCUCCUCCAUUCCGGCAAGUCGAGCCAUAAAUUCUUCACCGAUACAGGGGACUUCCGUAAAGAUAUUGCGCUCCCGGAAAGCACAUCGCUCGAGGAGAAAGAGACCAACCUGGAGGGGGAGAGUCGAGAGAGGUUCCUUGCUAUGAUGCGGAAGAUGCUCCAUUGGGACCCUUCCAAGCGUGCCUCGGCGAAGGCACUGGCCGACGAUGAAUGGAUCCUGGAGAAUAUAUAAAAAGGUGCGUGCGGACCACGAGGAUGGCCGCGGGGCCUGCUCAGCGUGUCCAUCGGUUCCUGUCGUAUAAUGACCGUCUCAAUGAAGCCCACUCUGAUAGCCGGAGCCUCAUGAAGCACAUUUUGUAGUUAGAUCUCCUAUGGGAAACUAAUAAAGAAAGCUCCUGAACUGGGCAGCACAACAUCGGGCUUCAGAUAUGGCUUUAAGCCUUAGAUAUCGCUCUCAAAUAGGGGUGUGGUCGAACGUGGAGAGGGUAAUAAAAGACCCCUAUGUCUGUUUGCGUGUUGAUGACGUUUUAAUUGAAUACUCUCACAACUCUCUACACGGAUGGACACUUCCGAUUAGGCAGAUAAAUCUCACGCUGCUUUCUCCAUAAACAAAUACAUCGCCGCCUCGCCGUGCGAGGCUCGCUUGGAAAAGUCGGCCGCAUGUCGCCCGGUCGCCGGGGGCUGGAUGCCCGACUAUAUACUAGGUCGCUGGAGCGCCCCCUUUCUUGGUCGAUCUCGC